UUCUCUGGUGCUGACCAUGAUUUCUCCCUCUGCGGCUGAUAACAGCUCCUCUAGUGGCAGCGGCGAUAUGGGUUUGUGCAGUCUGGGAUACAGCAACGUCACAGGGCUAUGUACACCUGUAUGUUCCCUGCCAGCAAUUAACGAUAGCACCAUUCAGAGUGUGCUACCCCUCAACCUUACUGCUGAUGGCAAGGCUUUAGGCUUUGAGGUGAUCUGUGAAACAGGGUAUUCUCUCUCCCCUCUGGACUUUUCGUCAACGUGUUCCUUGCCUGGAGGAAGCUUUGACUCCAUACCCACGUGUGAACCUGAAUGUUCGGUGCCGAAAAUUGACAAUAGUGAACGUGUGGUUGCAAUCAAUGGUGAUGCUGGUGGAAAGGCACAGGGCUUUAAUGUGACAUGCAAAGCAGGCUACGCUCUAUCCAAUAUAGGUAAAUCACCAAAGUGUUCCACACCUGGUGGAAGCUUCGACUCCAUCCCCACAUGUGAACUGCUGUCAAUACCCACUGGAGAAACUUCUAAUACUGGUGCUAUUGCUGCUGCUGUUUCGGUAACCAUACUUGUCUUGGUUGGUGGUAUAGUUGGCCUCAUACUCUUUGCACGGCAUUCUCACCCUGAUAAGCUGCUGAGGGCAAAGAAAAACCUGAAUACGGCCAAGAGACAGAUGCAAGUCAAGAUCGGAAUCUCAAGGAAGUCAAAUCGUGGGGGUACAAACAAUGGCCAAGACAGUUCGACAACAGUUGCCAAAGAUGACUACAAAUAUCUUCAAAGUUCCCAAAACACCACUGACACUGAUGCCAAUUUGAAUGCUAGGCGGGCUACUGAACAUGAGCUCUGCACUUACCCUGAACGAGGCUUAGCAUCUGAUGUUACUUCGAGUGGAGCCCAGGGAACAUCGUCAACCCCUCAGCCCAUCACGUCAGAGUAUUCGAAUUGCACCAACAUCACUUCCGGGGAGCUAAGCGUCGAGGUCGAAACAGGAAAGAGUGUCGGUGGGCUGGGUCAGGUGAAGGAAACCAACGGAUAUGAGAAUGGUGUCAUCUAAAAAGAGGCCAAUGAAGCACACUGUAACCUAGGUUAACCGAUCAACAGCCCAAUGAGCUGAAUUGACUGUCCUGAGUCUUUGGGCACUGAGUGAAUGCAAUUGUGAUCUAGCCACCCAAUUCAGAGCUCCACUCACACCACUCGGAACAACAAUUUUCCUUUUGGUGCAGUUGAUAGUGACUGGAUGGACAUGGGAUGAAGGAUUCUGGUCCGCCACUCAGGUGAACCAGAAAACGGAUUUUCCUGGUCACCCCUUCCAGCUGUUCUAGAAGUCUUGUUUCUUGUCCUCUGAACCUCUUCCAAAAAAAUUUAUUUUCCUUGCUUCUGUUUGUAUAUAAUUAAAAUAUAGUUUUACGAUUCGCGUGAGACUCGGCUGCAAGCCGAGUUUUCCGCAUCCGCCGUGGGAACGCCACCACCCUCCAGGAUCAAGGCGCAGAUACAGCGCCUAAACGGUGGGAGCUGAAUAUACCAGACCCACCACCAAGUGGUCAAAGACCGAAAUCCCAUUAGCUGCAUCCAUUUUUGUAUAUCGAUACAAAAGUUCUCCUUAUCUUUUCUUCCUCUCUCUAUGCCAACAUUUUUGCGUCGGUUACCUACUAACACUAUUUUCUUGAUUAUAACACUGAGUUUCCAGGCAUACUUCAUCUGCAUUGUAGUGACAGAG